UAAAGGGUCAGUGCGAACAGUUCCAAUGUCGGCGCGUGUUUGAAUUCCCGAAGAGUAUAAAACUAGCCGUUGGCAAACAAAUUCCAUCGUUGAUCAAUUUGGGCUAUCUGUUUCCUCAAUUGACUUCCCGCCGCCGCCAUCACCACCACCACCAACAACAACCACCCAAGCGGCUUAUAUGUGUAUGAAAGUGGCGGGAAAGCAGGAUUCCGGAGAGGAAUGGCUGAGAAUCCCGGCCGGAUGGGCUGACGAAGAGGCGGAGCAGUCGGAAGCGGUGGCGCCACGCAUGUCGGCCUCCCAUGGGGAGGAGAUGCGCUUCCCUCUGUUCAACAGCGAGCAUGAGAUGUCCCUGAUGGUCUCCGCGCUCACCCGAGUCGUUUCCGGGGAGGUGCCACAGCGUGCGCCGCCCGAUUGGUUCCCCCCUCGGUUCGGUACGGCGCCUACGGCCAGUGGAAGCUCAGUUUCCGGCUUGAAGCGCCAGCGAGAGGAUCACCCGGUGAUGUCGGAGCAAUUAACUGUGCCGGUCCGGCAGUUCUCGGCUGAGGCGGAGGAGAUAGGGAGCACUUCCUCGAUUCCUGCGCAGUUCCUGCCUUCUUCUUCCUCCUCUCAAGGGGAGGAAAGCACGAGGAGCACCACGAGCACAGAGGAAGCGACGGGCAGCGGCGGGGGAGUUGGAGAGCAGAGGAGGCGGUAUAGAGGAGUAAGGCAGAGGCCAUGGGGCAAGUGGGCCGCGGAGAUCAGGGACCCCCACAAGGCCGCCCGCGUGUGGCUCGGGACAUUCGACACUGCAGAGGCGGCCGCCCGCGCCUACGACGAGGCCGCUCUCCGCUUCCGUGGCAACCGCGCGAAGCUCAACUUCCCGGAGAACGUUCGCCUCCUCCGACCCCCUCAACCAUCCUUUCCAGUCACCGCCGCCCCAACCACCACCGUCGUAGCCGCCGCUGCAGCGACACAUUACCCCGUGGCACCCUCGAGAUUAACCGACGACUACGUUCAGUACUUCCGGCUGCUCCAGAGCUCGGGGGUGCAGCCCCGUCCUCGGAGCCUCCUCGACCAGUACCUCUUCGCCACCACCACCGGCGGGUCGAGUUCGACGUCCCCCGCCUCUGCUCCUCCUCGUCCCGGCAGUUCCGGUCCAACCAAUGUCCCUCCAGCGCCGGAAGAGGACGUCCCGGCGACGUGGACGGGCGCUCCCUGGUUCCCUCCCAGCUCCAGUUAACGCCGUCCUUUUGUAUUUUUUUCUCUUUCUUUCCUUCCUUUGUCUUUUUCAGAAGGCUUUUUUUUUUCUUUUUUGUUACCGUUAAAAAGAAAGGGUUUGGAGUUGUCGACAUGGAAUUUAGUAGACGAAUCUACCCUCAUGUAUCUUUUCUUAUUACUAAAAUGGUGGAUCGCUGUGCUGCGCCCUGGCACCAUCAGGUGCAUUU